AACUAAUUGAGGGCUUUGCAGUAGUGGAGGGCAAAUACGCUUUAGCCUAAGAGUUGCGCGGUGUUAAGACAUUCCAGCACGGAUUGGGGCGACGGAAUAGAGAAGAGGGUGUUGGCUUUACAUAAUAAAGUGCAUGCUUUUCACGUGAAAUGUCCCUUUAAAAAGCCGGCGUCCUCCAAUCAGGCCGAGGCACAAUCGUAAACAGGCGGACAGCGAGGAGAGAAGUGUGCGUGAGUGUGUUGUGACAAUCGGCUCCAAGGAUGGUCUCGUCGUAUCCUUUACCGGAGGGCUUCUCCGACUUUGAUGUGUUCUCCCUGGGAUCGUGUCUACUUGUCGAGGGUCUGCUGGGCUUCUUCCUGAACGCGGUCACCAUCGCAGCUUUCCUCAAAGUGAGGGAGCUGAGGACCCCCAGCAAUUUCCUCGUCUUCAGUUUGGCCAUGGCCGACAUGGGCAUCUCUAUGAAUGCCACAGUGGCCGCGUUCUCCAGCUUCCUCAGGUACUGGCCUUAUGGCUCUGAGGGAUGUCAAACUCACGGCUUCCAGGGUUUUGUGACGGCUCUCGCAAGCAUCCACUUCAUCGCUGCCAUCGCUUGGGAUAGAUACCACCAGUACUGCACCAGGACAAAGCUGCAGUGGAGCAGCGCCAUCACUCUGGUCAUCUUCAUCUGGAUCUUCACCGCCUUCUGGUCCGCCAUGCCUCUCAUCGGCUGGGGGGAGUACGACUACGAGCCCCUCAGGACCUGCUGCACUCUGGACUACAGCAAGGGAGACAGGAACUACGUCUCCUACUUGAUCCCCAUGAGCGUCUUCAACAUGGCCAUCCAGGUGUUUGUUGUCAUGUCCUCCUACCAGUCCAUCGCACAGAAGUUCAAGAAGACCGGAAACCCUAAAUUCAACCCCAACACUCCUCUUAAGACCAUGCUGCUGUGCUGGGGUCCCUACGGCCUGCUGGCUUUCUACGCCGCCGUGGAGAACGCCAACCUGGUCUCACCCAAGCUCAGGAUGAUAGCCCCCAUCCUGGCCAAGACCUCCCCCACCUUCAACGUUUUCCUGUACGCUUUGGGAAAUGAGAACUACAGAGGAGGCAUCUGGCAGUUCCUCACCGGGGAGAAGAUUGAAGUGCCUCAAAUUGACAACAAAUCCAAAUAAACUAAGCAUUGCAAUGUCACACA